AUGCUAUUCAACACAGUGUUGCCAUUUGCUCUUUAUGGUCCUCCUGUAGCUCCAGUUAUAAUAAUGUGUAGUACAUCAAUUAGAAUCUUUGUUGCAAAUUUUAUAAAUAAUGUUUUAAUAAUUAUGAUAUUAGAAAGUACUUCGAUAUUAGCUGGCUAUGUAAUGAUAUUUAUACCAUGUACUGCACCAAAAUUCGAAGAACAUUUAUUAAAUUGGUGGUCAAAAUUUAAAGGACUCUUCAGCAAUGAAAGCCAUUGCUAA